CCCGCCGUGAGGCGAGCUUGUCGCGCGCCAUUGCUAAAUUCAUUUAAAAAUAUACCGCGUUUCGUUUCUGCAGUGUUACUAAAUAUAGUUCUGUGUUGUGGAUCAUGAUUUUAUAUUGGUACAAACAGGCAGAAACCAACUAGAAUCCAAACGCGUGUGAUCGUUUAAAAGUAAAUGGCACGGGUGUAUGUUAUGUGAAGUUGUGUGCGCGUGCGAGCGAGACAGCGACGGUGGCUGAAGAGGGACGGAAGAUGUCGCUAGUCGCGCCUCGGCGGGUCCAGUUGGACUGGGCUCCUUCUAUUAUACCUUGGGAGAAAGAACCUACCUGUGAGCGGGACUCCUCGUUCAAGCAGCCACCUCACCAGUCGAACAGGUCCGAGUCAUCAUCAUCAUCAGCCGACACCAACUCCCAGGGCUCCGGAUCAGAAGCAAGGCCGCAGCGCAAUGUGCCCCAGCGUGAAGAGAGGCGAUUUGAAGCCGCCCUCGCUCCGCGGGUGCAAGCCAAUCCACUAUUAAGGUCCCGGACUCUACCAAACUUCGGUGGCAACCGCGAGCGCUCCAUCUCCCGGUGUGACACCUCGCGGAAGGCGCACCACAUCACCAUGGCCAGUGAGGACCUACUGCAGCCGGGACACGUGGUCAAGGAGAGAUGGAAGGUGGUAAAGAAGAUCGGUGGCGGUGGUUUCGGCGAGAUUUACGAGGGUUUGGACCUGGUGACCCAGGAACAGGUGGCUCUGAAGGUGGAGUCCGCAAGGCAGCCCAAACAGGUGCUGAAGAUGGAGGUGGCUGUACUGAAGAAAUUGCAAGGAAAAGAGCACGUGUGCCGCUUCAUAGGCUGCGGUCGGAACGCGCGGUUCAACUACGUAGUCAUGCAACUGCAGGGCAGGAACUUGGCUGAACUACGGAGGGCUCAGCCGAGGGGCGCUUUCUCAUUGUCCACCACUCUCAGGUUGGGCCUGCAAAUACUCAAGGCGAUAGAUUCCAUACACUCAGUCGGAUUUCUACAUAGGGAUAUUAAACCAAGCAACUUCAGCAUAGGCCGGCACCCGUCCAACUGCCGCAAGGUGUACAUGCUGGACUUCGGGCUCGCGCGCCAGUACACCACCAGCAACGGCCAGGUGCGGCCGCCCAGAGCAGCCGCCGGGUUCAGAGGCACAGUCCGGUACGCUUCAAUAAACGCGCACAAGAACAAGGAGAUGGGACGCCACGAUGACCUCUGGUCUCUCUUUUAUAUGCUAGUAGAGUUCGUCAACGGGCAGCUACCGUGGAGGAAGAUCAAGGAUAAAGAACAGGUCGGCUUGAUGAAGGAGAAGUACGACCACCGUCUGCUACUCAAGCACCUGCCGUCCGAGCUGCGGCAGUUCCUCGAACACGUGCAACAGCUCGAGUACGCGGACAGUCCGGACUACUGCAUGCUGACGGCGCUGCUCGAGCGCUGCUGCAAGCGCCGCGGCAUCCGGGACAGCGACCCCUACGACUGGGAGAAGGACGCGGGCGUGGGCGCGAACCGAGCGCGCGCGGCCGUGCACGCGGCGCCCGACCACGCGCUGCCCACCGACAGCGUGCCCGACAACACCCGCCGCCGCCUAGAGACUGAAGCCACGGUCGCCGGCACCGACACCGCGCCCGCGCUGCUGGCCCACAAGCUGGACAAACGAGACGCGGACAAACACGUCAACGGCUACUCAACUACGGACAAGCCGACGGUGGAGAAGGAACCUGAACCCAGGACCACCCCCGCACCGUCGCCCGACCGACAUGCCAAGGAAACCAGUACUUCAGUGGUGACCGGGACGACGGCCAACCGCCCCGAGAGGCAAAGCGUGCCGCCGUGCAAGCCGCGCGUAGGACCCGGCGGGCCGACGCUGGCGCGCCUGCGCGUGGUGACGGCGCCGCCGUGCUGCGUGCAGGAGCUCGCGCACCACGACCCCGCCACCGCCACCGCCGCCUCCGGGGAAGCAGUGAGUCCGAGGAUCUUAGCCGACGUGGACAGUGUUCACUCGGACACGCAUUUCAAGAGAGGCACGCGGCGCACGGCGCGGGCGCGCGCCGACCAGAGCUACACGCAGUUCGCCGUCAUGGACGAUGAAAACGUCUCCGCGCUACAACAGGUUACGAAGGGAGGCGCCCUGACGCUAGUGUCUCUAUGGAAAUCUCAGUUCGACGACUCGGAAGAAACCACAGACAACGAGUGGAAACAGGAACAGUUGCAGUCACCCGAGCAUCGAACCGGCGCCAGCAACGCUCGCAGCAGCGCCGUGUCCAGCUCAGCCAACGCUCCCCGCACACAGCGAGCCAAUACUAACCGAGACAGAGACCCGCCCCCCACGCUGCAGCCGGCGCCGGUGCCCAUCCCGCCGCCGUCGGAGCGCCCCGCCCCGCCCGCCCCCGCCCCCGCGCCCCCGCGGGCGCCGCGCUGCCUGCACAUCCCCGGCAUAGAAGCCUUCCCUAAACUACGGCCCGCCCUGCCGCGCAGCUGGACUCUACCUGCCAUAGGCUCUCACGUGCGCAAGCUGCGGCCGCCAUUACUGCAACAAGCGUCCUUCGACGGCGGCAGCGGCGGCUCGCUCCGGUACCGGGUGGAUGUGAUGCGAGGAGUCGCCAGCAGGCACGAGGGGCCCGCGUCACCCACACCGCUGCAGCGGGCCAACAGCGCGCCCAGCCUAUCAAGUUCGUCAACCACCACGGCGCCGCCGCGGCGACCAGAGAAACAGGACCCACCAGAGGGCGCCACCGUCUCCAGUCGGCUCGAGAUACGAGUGCGCCCGCCCGACUCCGCCUCCCCGGGACACUCAGUGAAAAUCCAUUCAGUGGUGAGCGGCGGUGAACCGAUCCGUAACCACGAGGACGCUUCAGUUUACUAUGACGCCACGGACCAUAGAGACAAACGGUCGCUAACUCGGAGCGGAGACAAGAGCCAAAGCUCGGCUGUAGAGAGGACCAGACUAGACACUAUACCUGAUAGAACUCCAAUAGUGAAACGAGAAGUAUCAAGCGCCGGUGGCGAUGGAUCUCAGAGUUUGAGAGAUCGUUCGACCACCAGCGCCACCACAUCCCGCAUCCCCAUAGCAACGAUGGCCGAGAACAGACUAGCUAAGUGCGCUUCCUGGAGCGGGGACGGCCCUCUAUCGCCCGACCCUAACGACCUGACGCCAGCGCUCCGCCGCCGCCGUCAGAACGCCAGUGAGAAGUACGCAGCGGAUCCCGCGCGGGACUUGAACCUGCGCUUCGCUCGCCCCCGGCAUCGGCAGCCGCCCACCGUGCAUUCUAGGAGCGGGUCUCGUGGCGUGGCGCUGCUGUCGUCGCCGCCCGGCUCCGCGGCGUCCUCCCCCUCCGCCUCGCCGCCCCCGGCCCCCGCGCCCGCGCCCCCGCUCGCACCCCCGCGCCCCCCGCCCCACCCACCGCCC